AUGGGUCACAAUGAUUGUUCUACCGCAACCCCAGAAUCUAAUCCAGCUUACCGCUCCCUUUUACAAUGCCCUACUGUCCCCGUUAUCUUUGGGUUGCCAACUUCGUCCUGUCCUUCCUACACAACUUGGACUCCAGAGCCGACGCCGAGCUUAUACAUUGAGCCCAAGGAGUCUACGCCCUCUGAACCCACAGACCGUCCAAUGGUUCCGACAUGUGCAGCGGACUGGGAAGCUAAGAAGGACAUUAUCCGAGAGCUGUACAUGGAAAAGAAUAUGGUUCUCAAUGAGGUAAUUGCUAUUAUGCAGGAGAAGCACAAGUUCAAGGCGACAGCAAGGAUGUACAAAGGCCAAUUCGCAAAAUGGAAAUGGACAAAGUACAACAAACCUAACAAUACCAACUCCCUGAAGCCCUCCAGGCCAAGAAUAGGAAAACGAAAAGCCGCCUCGACGGCCUUGUUCUCUACAGCAUCGAAGGUAGCAAAAGUCGCCCAUUCAGAGCUCCAGCUUACUACCCAUUCUCAUCUGGAAACUCGUUCCCCGCUACACUUUAACGACGACCAGAACCACAUCGAGUCUUCCUUACGAGCAUACGCGACACUGAUUGCCUCGUGGGCCAUGCAUGAAGAGUCGUGGCUAAUGACCUAUGACAUCCAGCCCUCAUGCUGCAUCCAACGCUUCGAACCUGAUCAUCCGUCGAUACUGCAGACCCUUCGCUCAGCGCAGAACCACUUCCUCUCAGGCAGAAUCCAGCAAGGAGGAAUACUCCUUCGUAAGGCGUUCCUUGGUAUAGAACACGCCAUCUCCCGGCCUGGCUCCGGCCCAGCCGGCUCAGGUCUAGACCUUGAAGCACUCUGGGACUGCUGCCUCGCCAUCCCCCAGCUCAUCCUUACAACAGGUUGGACCGAUCUCCUGCACAUCUUCACCUCCUACCUUGCCCAACUCACAGCCGUCAAACUCCCCUCAGGCCAUCCUAUCUCCAAGAUUGCUUUCUCCCUCCACCGCCUCGCCCGAUCCCAUACCCCUUCUGCUUGUACCUCCCCUCGACAGCUCCUAAGACUCUGCUCCCCAACACCCCCACACUCCCCUUGUACCUCCCAUCCUCCCUCUCCCUUAGAACAAUACCUAACCUCCGCCUGGCACAUCUGGCUUAACACUUUUUCCUCUAUCCGCGGAUCCCACGACUCCUUAACCAUCCACCUCCGCCGAGGCUUCGUCACAGUCCUGGACACAGGCCCCACGCAUCCCACAGCCCGCACGCUAUUAGCUGACUUUUCCCAGGGAGUGGCACGCUCCCUUGCCACGCGUGGUGAGAUGGCAACGACGGCAAGGAUUCUGCAGUUGGAGACCUUAUUAGUGAGGAUGUAUGUCCCUUUAUUCACGGCCGAAACCGCUGCGAGAACGGGGCAGAUGUUGAGGGGGAUUGAGGCGAAGGUUGUGGAGAGGAAUAAGGGAGUUGGGGUUGAAGGAUGGGAGUACUGGGAUCGGUACAUGCUUUUUAGCGCAAGAUUUUUCCUGGGGGCGAUUGCCGCGUCUCAGGGGGAAAGCGAGGAGAUUGUGAGAGGUUGGAGGAGGAAGAGUUUGGGGUAUGAACAUGAUGGGGUUGAGGAGCAGCGGGGCAUAGGCAAUGGCCUGGCUUUGGAGGGGAGGGAUUUGUUUUGGGCGCAAACGUCGAUGUUGGUUGAGCAGAGGUUCAGGGCUGAGGGGAAUGUUAAGGAAGCCGAGGCGAUUGUAGCGGAGAGGAUCAAGAGUGAGGCCUUGGUUGGGGGUUGGAGGGCGCGUUACGAACCGGUGUCCGUGGUUGGGGCAGCCAGGGUUAUGGAGGUGGAUGGCAAUUGA